AUGAAUGUAUCAUCUGUUGCUCCUAAUGUAACUUUAGCUGGAAAUUACCACAACACCUUCACCACGGCUGUAACAAAUAACGUGAUAGUCAUGGUCCUCUGCAUCUCCAUCAACUACAUCAAUGGCACCUUGGUCCACAUCUUCAACAAACACCAGGUCCUCAGUGUGAACCCUCGAUACAUUCUGUUCAUCCACCUGGUAAUAAACGACAUGAUGCAACUGGCCCUCUCCAGUUUCCUCCACGUUGUCAGCUAUGCCCUGUAUACCAUCUAUGUGCCCUUCUGCCUUUUCUUACUCAUUAUUAGCAUCCUCACUACCUUCAACACGCCGCUGAAUCUGGCUGGUAUGGCAGUGGAGUGCUACAUCGCCAUCUGCGUCCCCCUCCGCCACAGCCAGAUCUGUACUGUGAAGAGAACCUAUGCUCUGAUUGGUUUGAUCUGGGCAGUGAGCUCACUCUCUGUCCUCCCAGAUCUCUUCAUCCUCCUGGCCACAGAACCUCUGCAGUUCUUCCAUUCCAGAGUGUUCUGCUCCAGGGAUUUUGUGUUCCGAAGCACCUACAGCCUCAAAAAGAGAGAUACAUCCCACAUAAUUUGUCUGGUCCUGGUUUGGCUCACCCUCCUCUACACUUACUUCAGGAUUCUGUUUGCUGCCAAGGAAGCGACUACAGACUUUAAAAAAGCCAGGAACACUAUCCUCCUCCAUGGUUUUCAGCUGCUGUUAUGUAUGCUCACUUAUGUUAGACCCAUGUUAGAAAAAUGCCUGAUUUACCUCUUCCCCACGCAGUUCCGGGCCACACGGUUCACCUCCUAUAUCAUUAUUCAGAUCUUGCCACGGUUUGUUAGUCCCAUUGUCUACGGACUGCGAGACCAGACAUUCAGGAAAUACCUGAAAAGGUACCUGUUGUGUAAAGUGAGCAUAAGCAGCCAUCCAGAAAAUGUCACCAUGUCAAACACUGGGCCUGCAGCUGAGAAGAUGAGAAACACCUCUGUUUGA